ACAUUCACUAGUUGUGCGGUUCACCAAGCAUGGAAAAGCUGAAAAGAACAACCCUGGGCUGACGAAACGACCUCUCUUUCAUCACACCGUCACCAUGGCGCAAAAAGAAGCAACCGUCUACAUCGUAGAUUGCGGCCGCAGCAUGGGCGAGCAUGCUCACGGCCGCAAGCAAUCCAACCUGGACUGGGCGCUGGAGUACGUCUGGGACAAAAUCACCGCUACCGUCGCCACUGGUCGCAAAACCACUCUUGCCGGGGUUGUAGGCUUGAGAACGGAUGGCACGGACAACAGCAUGAGCCACGACGAGGACUACGAACACAUCACCGUCUUUCAAGAAUUGAGUCAGCUUCUGAUGCCGAAUCUGAAGAAGCUCAGCAAGGAUCUGGUCGUGAGCAGGACAAAGACCGGCGAUGCGAUCAGUGCGCUCGUCGUUGCGAUUCAGAUGAUUGCCACGACGUGCAAGAAGCUGCAGUAUAUUCGCAAGAUUGUGCUAAUCACCGACGCACGGGCGUUUGUGCAGGCAGACGGUCUUUCAUCCAUCACGAAGAAGAUCAAAGACGACAACAUUGAGCUCAUCGUUCUCGGAGUCGAUUUCGACGAUCUGGAGUAUGGAUUCAAGGAGGAGGGGAAGGAUGCAACGAAAGCUGAGAACGAAGAGGUACUCCGGACGCUGUGUGAAGACUGCGGCGGUGUAUUCGGCACUCUUGCUCAGGCCAUCGAAGAAAUGAGCAUGCCCAGAGUCAAGAGCACUCGACCAGUGCCAUCGUACAAAGGACUUCUGACACUCGGCAACCCCCAAACUUUCGACACCGCGCUAUCCAUCAACGUCGAGAGAUACCCAAAAGUCAUGCAAGCCAAACCGCCCACAGCAAGUCGAUUUGUGGUUCGGGGUGAUAUGACCACCUCACAAGCAGCCACCGAUGCUUCAUCCGCCACGUUGAAUGGCGACGAUGGAUUGGCGGCAGUGAAAAGUGCUCGCACGUAUCAAGUCGAAGAUGAAGAAGCACCCGGCGGAAAGCGAGACGUUGAAUUCGACGAGCUCUCCAAGGGAUACGAGUACGGGCGCACAGCCGUUCACAUAUCAGAAAGCGACCGGAAUGUGACGACUUACGAAACAACGGCGAGCAUGGACAUUGUCGGGUUCGUGGAUCGGGCUCGAUACGAACGGUACUUGGAAAUGGAUCGGGCGUGUCUCAUCAUCGGACAGCGGAGUGAUGGCAAAUCAACCAUGGCCUUGUCCGCUCUGAUCCAUGCACUCUACGAACUCGACUCCUACGCCGUUGCACGACUCGUGGUCAAAGAGAACAAGGAGCCGCGAAUGUUGUUACUCGCACCAAACAUCGAGCCGGAAUUCGAAUGUCUGUACGACAUCGAACUGCCCUUCGCAGAAGACGUGCGCUCCUACAAAUUCCCACCCCUGGACCGCGUUGUAACCGUAAGCGGCAAAACACUGACCCUCCACCGCAACCUCCCCAACAACGACCUCCAAACCGCCAUGGACGCCUACGUCGACAACAUGGACCUUUCCACCUUCGGCAAAGACGCCGACGGCCAGGAAGUCGAAUACGCACCCAUGGACGAAACCUUCUCCCCCAUGCUCCACCGCAUCAACCAAGUCAUCAAACACCGCGCCAUCUUCCCCACCGCCGACCCGCCUCCAACCAGCGAGAUCCUGAUCAAAUACUCCCACCCUCCGCAACAACUCAUCUCCCAAAACCAAUCGACCCUCAACAAACUCAUCGCCGCAGCAGAAGUGAAAAAAGUCCCCCCCAAAGCGCGCGGAAAACGCUUCGGCCGCAAAGGCCGCAACGGCGAAGCAGACAAACCCCUCUCAGAACUCGACGUCACCGCCCUCCUAGCCGCCGACCCCAAACGCUCAACAAAGCGUCUCGACCCGCAAAACGCGAUCCCUGAAUUCAAACAACUCCUGGCGACAAGCGAAGACGAAAGUCUCACGGAAGUUAAGGAAGCGUGCAUUCAGCUGCAAACCAUCAUUUCCAACUGGUUGCGGCAUUCGGUGGGUGAUUCUGGGUACGGACGGGCGAUCGAGGCGCUGCGCGUGAUGAGGGAGGAGAUUCUCGAUUACGAGCAGCCGGAAUUGUAUAAUGGGAUGCUGCGGGCGUUGAAGGGCGAUGUACUGGAGGGGAAGCUGGGAGGGGACAGGAAGGAUUUCUGGUAUCAGGUGCGGGUGAAUCGGCUGGGGUUGAUUCGGAAGAGUGAGAUGGGGGCGAGUGAGGUUGGGGAUGAGGAGGCGCGGGAGUUUAUGUUGGUGAAGUGAGGGAGGAUCGAUGAAAGCAUGACUUAGCGAGGGCGUUUGUGGGAGUGUACGUCUACCAUACCUGCGGAAGAUUCAAAAG